GCCAAUCACACUCUACGCUCCUCGAUCUCCUUGUCCCCACACACUUUGUUACUGAAAACGAGCUUCAUUCAUUUCAUCGUGACUGAUUUUUCUCUCAAAAUGGCGUCGUCUUCCUCGAUUCCUGUUCGUCGCUGAAGAAAUCAGAGCCAGACUGCGCGAUGGAUACGGCGUCGUGCAUCUCCGCGGCGACUACAUGGACUGUGCCUCGCCUUCGCCGUCGUUCUUCUACUUCUUCGUUCUCCUCGUCCUUUCAGUCUAUCCGAUGGUCGUACAGUUCUUCUUCUUGCUUGCAAUUAGUUUGCAACAACAGCAGCGGCAGCAAUACUACGAGGUUCAAGUCUAAGUCCAGUAACAAGAGAAGAACUAGCGGCAAGAAUGGUAAUACCAGUAAUAAUCCUACUGGUUCUAGUAGCGGCGGCGGUGGUGGUGUAAAGAGUGUAAAAGAAGAACUGAGACAGAUAAAGGAGACUCCGAAGAAUGUGCGCACUUUGUAUCAGAAUGGGGAUCCGUUGGGGCGGAGGGAUCUCGGGAUGAGCGUGGUGAGGUGGAUAUCACGGGGAAUGAAGGCGAUGGCAACGGACUUUGCGGAGGCGGAGAUGCAGGGGGAGUUCUUAGAGCUCAAGCAACGGAUUGAACCGGGCCUCACUUUUGUGAUCCAGGCACAGCCUUACCUUAGUGCCAUUCCAAUGCCACUGGGGCUGGAGGCCAUCUGCUUGAAGGCUUGCACUCACUAUCCCACCCUCUUUGAUCAUUUCCAGCGGCAAUUGCGGGAUGUUCUUCAGGAUUUGCAGCACAAAACGGUUCUUGAAGAUUGGCGGGCGACAGAGUCUUGGAAGUUACUGAAGGAGCUAGCGAAAUCAGCUCAGCAUAAAUCUAUUGCGAGGAAGGUACCCCAGCCAAAACCUGCGCAAGGUGUUUUAGGUAUGGAGUUAGAAAAGGCCAAGGCUAUACAAAACAGGAUCGACGAGUUUACGAAACAAAUGUCAGAGUUGCUUCGUAUAGAGAGGGAUUCUGAACUAGAGUUUACACAGGAGGAGUUGAAUGCCGUCCCUAUGGCAGAUGAGACCUCCGAUCCUUCAAAACCAAUUGAGUUUUUGGUUAGUCAUGGCCAGGCUCAGCAGGAACUCUGUGAUACCAUCUGCAAUUUGUACGCAGUUAGCACAUCAACAGGGUUAGGAGGAAUGCAUUCAGUAUUAUUUAGGGUUGAGGGAAAUCACAGAUUGCCGCCCACUAAUCUUUCCCCAGGAGACAUGGUCUGUGUGAGGAUUUGCGAUAGCAGGGGUGCAGGUGCAACUUCUUGCAUGCAGGGCUUUGUUAACAACCUUGGGGAAGAUGGUUGCAGCAUCAGUGUAGCACUAGAAUCUCGUCAUGGUGAUUCCACCUUCUCUAAGCUCUUUGGGAAAAGUGUACGCAUUGAUCAUAUACAUGGAUUGGCCGACACACUCACGUAUGAGCGCAAUUGUGAAGCCCUGAUGCUGCUUCAGAAGAACGGUUUGCAGAAGAAAAAUCCUUCAAUUGCAGCUGUAGUUACCCUAUUUGGAGACAAGGAAGAUAUUCAGUGGCUGGAGGAGAAUCAUUUUGUGGACUGGGAAGAAGCAGAGUUGGACGGACUGUUGGGAACUGAAACUUUUGAUGAUUCACAGCGAAGAGCAAUUGCCUUAGGGCUGAAUAGAAAACUACCUGUAUUGAUAGUCCAAGGGCCUCCUGGCACUGGAAAGACAGGUUUGCUGAAGGAACUUAUAGUACUUGCUGUUCAACAAGGAGAACGGGUGCUUGUAACAGCACCUACUAAUGCUGCUGUUGACAACAUGGUUGAAAAACUUUCAAAUAUUGGGUUAAACAUUGUGAGGGUUGGCAAUCCAGUUCGUAUAUCUCCAGCUGUAGCAUCAAAGUCUUUGGGUGAAGUAGUGAAGUCUAAACUCGCUGAUUUUGUAACAGAGUUUGAAAGGAAGAAGUCUGACCUGAGGAAAGACCUGAGACAUUGCUUAAAGGAUGACUCAUUAGCUGCUGGCAUUCGCCAGCUUCUUAAACAGCUCGGAAAGACACUGAAGAAGAAGGAGAAGGAGACAGUGAAGGAAGUUCUAUCUAGUGCACAGGUGGUGCUUGCCACUAACACUGGAGCAGCAGAUCCAUUGAUACGGAAACUGGAUACUUUUGACCUUGUUGUUGUUGAUGAAGCAGCACAGGCAAUUGAACCGUCUUGCUGGAUUCCAAUAUUGCAGGGGAAGCGGUGUAUUUUUGCUGGUGAUCAGUGUCAGCUUGCUCCAGUAAUUCUUUCCAGAAGAGCCUUAGAGGGUGGGCUUGGUGUAUCUUUGAUGGAGAGAGCUGCAACUUUGCAUGACGGCAUACUUGCAACCAAGUUAAUGACACAGUAUCGUAUGAAUGAUGCAAUAGCUCGGUGGGCAUCAAAAGAGAUGUAUGGAGGAUUAUUAAAGUCCUCACCGAGUGUUUCUUCUCAUCUUCUCGUAGAUUCCCCAUUUGUCAUGCCCACAUGGAUAACGCAGUGUCCAUUGAUGUUGCUAGAUACAAGAAUGCCUUAUGGAAGUUUGUCAGUUGGUUGCGAGGAGCAUUUAGAUCUGUCUGGCACAGGCUCAUUUUACAAUGAAGGGGAAGCAGAUAUUGUUGAGCAUCUUGUGUUUUCAUUGCUUUAUGCUGGUGUUCAUUCGACAGCAAUUGCAGUCCAAUCACCAUAUGUGGCUCAGGUACAGCUCUUGAGGGAAAGGCUGCAUGAGCUUCCAGAGGCUGCUGGUGUUGAGGUUGCAACAAUUGAUAGCUUUCAAGGUCGAGAAGCUGAUGCUGUCAUUAUAUCAAUGGUCCGGUCAAACACAUUAGGGGCCGUUGGAUUCUUGGGGGACAGUAGGCGAAUGAAUGUUGCCAUAACAAGAGCAAGGAAACUUGUUGCAGUUGUCUGUGACAGUUCAACAAUAUGUCAUAACACCUUCCUGGCUAGGCUCUUACGUCAUAUCCGUUACUUUGGCAGAGUGAAGCAUGCGGAGCCUGGUUCCUUUGGGGGAUCUGGGAUUGGCAUGGAUCCGAUGUUACCUACCAUUAGUUAGCAUUGGAUAAACCAUUCAAUUAUGUAAGUUUCUAUUACACGUCCAAUGAUUGUUUUGGAGGACAACUGUAUCUAGCAAUAUGUUCUCUCCCCCAUUUGCUUCUGCAACACUGUAUGUACAGCAACAGCAAGCCCUCCCCUUUCUUUUUCUUUUUUUCUUUUUUUUCACAUUGUAAUAACUGCCUCUCCCAACUAUUCUUGAAACUUGUAUAUAGAAUCAUGUCAUACAGUACAUAAUUUGAAUCUUCUAAUGGAAGGUUGGAUAUAA